CACGUGCUGUGCGACAUGUCCCCCGCCAUCUCCCCCAAGGACAGCAGCCGCCAGCGCCGCCCGGGAGCCCCGGAGCCGAAGAGCGGGGGCCGCCCCGACGGCCGGGCCGAGGACGGCCGGGCCGACCCCGGCCCGCCGGACCCCGGCCCCGCGCCCCGCGGCUACCGGGAGGAGCUGGGCAGCAUCCUGCUGCUGCUGUUCCUCUACGUGCUCCAGGGCAUCCCCCUGGGCCUGGCCGGCAGCGUCCCCUUCAUCCUGCAGGGCAAGAACGUCAGCUACACCGACCAGGCCUUCUUCAGCUUCGUCUUCUGGCCCUUCAGCCUCAAGCUGCUCUGGGCCCCGUUGGUGGACGCCGUCUACUUCAAGGGCUUCGGCCGCCGCAAGUCCUGGCUCGUCCCCACGCAGUACGUCCUGGGCGUCUUCAUGAUCUACCUGUCCACCCAGGUGGACCUCCUGCUGGGCGGCGAGGACGGCAGGGCCCCCGACGUGGUGGCCCUCACGGUGACUUUCUUCAUGUUCGAGUUCCUGGCCGCCACCCAGGACAUCGCCGUGGACGGCUGGGCGCUGACCAUGCUGUCGCGGGAGAACGUCGGCUACGCCUCCACCUGCAACUCCGUGGGCCAGACGGCCGGCUACUUCCUGGGCAACGUCCUCUUCCUGGCCCUCGAGUCCACGGACUUCUGUAACAGAUACCUGCGGUUCCAGCCUCAGCCCAGAGGGAUCGUGACCCUCAAAGAUUUCCUGUUUUUCUGGGGUGCUGUAUUUUUGAUAACUACAACUCUAGUUGCUAUUCUGAAAAAAGAAAACAAGGAAGUAACACCAUCAAAAGAAGAGACCAAAGGGAUCACAGACACAUAUAAGCUGCUUUUUUCAAUUAUAAAAAUGCCAGCAGUUCUGGCUUUCUGUCUCCUAAUUUUAACCGCAAAGAUCGGUUUCUCAGCAGCAGAUGCUGUAACGGGACUGAAACUGGUAGAAGAAGGUGUGCCCAAGGAACAUUUAGCUCUGUUGGCAGUGCCGAUGGUUCCUUUACAGAUCAUAUUGCCUCUGAUCAUCAGCAAGUACACUGCGGGUCCAAAGCCACUGAACACAUUUUACAAAGCCAUGCCCUACAGAUUAUUGCUUGGAUUGGAGUAUGCUUUACUGGUGUGGUGGACGCCCAAAGUGAAACACGAAGGAGGAUUUCCUAUCUAUUACUAUGCUGUAGUCCUGCUGAGCUAUGCCUUGCAUCAGGUUACAUUGUACAGCAUGUAUGUCGCCAUAAUGGCUUUCAACGCCAAAGUUAGUGAUCCACUAAUCGGAGGCACAUACAUGACCCUUCUGAAUACCGUUUCCAACCUGGGAGGAAAUUGGCCUUCCACAGUGGCUCUUUGGCUGGUGGAUCCUCUUACAGUGAAAGAAUGUGUGGGCGCAUCAAAUCAAAACUGUGGAUCUACUGAUGCGGUUGAACUUUGCACAAAACUGGGUGGUUCUUGUAUUACUACCCUGGAUGGCUACUAUGUGGAAUCCAUUAUCUGUGUUGUUAUUGGAUUUGGCUGGUGGUUCUUUCUUGGUCCCAAAUUUAAGAAGUUGCAAGAUGAAGGUCCAUCUUCAUGGCAGUGCAAGCGGGUCAAUUAGCACAACUUCGAACCUGGACAUACUAGGAAGAGUACAGUAGUUAACUUUUUGUGCAGCACCUACGAUAAUCAGUACACAAGAUAUCCUUUAAAGUAGGAGAACCGUUCACUUCUGAAAAUGCCAAAUGGUUGGAAGAGCAGACCUCUAUAAAAGGUUUCUUUUUUGUCUUACUGUUUCAGUGUAUUUAAAGCCUAGUUAAGGUCAGAAAAUUGGUUCUAAAAAUAACAACUUCAUCCUGGGAAUUCAGCUUCUCUGCCCCUAUUCUCCACUCAUCUAUCUUUUGUUUGUUUCGUGACCAAAAGCAUGUUGUAAACUACAGAAGAGAUUUUUACACCCCAGGUAUUGUUGGCAACAGUGUCUGCUAACGUGUAAAUUCUGUUUUAGGUUUUUUUUUUUCUUUUUUUUUUAAUCCAUUUUAGUCGGGAAUAAGAGGACAGCAUAAUAUCCCAACCCUAGGUUGACUUAAUGAUGACCGGUGAGUAAUUUAGUUUUGAUUUGUAAACAGUAAAUUUAUGGGGAUGUUGAUGAGAGAAGGCUAGAAGCGGAAUAGUAAGAUGCCAUUUUAGUUGACACUUUUCUGACCAUAACCACAUUUUAAGUGGUCUUGUGUAUUCAAAAGACUCUUUUAAAUGUAUUUUCUGGCUUUUGUAAGCAUUAAAGAUUUAUAAAAAGAUGAAACAAAUAUUUUUUUAUAAAAUGAAAGUCAUGCUUUUUAAUUUAUUGUCCUCACAUUUUUUGGACAGCAUUUUGAUUUCCUGCUAAUAACUUUUCCAAAAUGAAAAGGUUGGGCUUGUGGGGAUUUGAGCAAAAGCGCCUCACAGUAACGGAACAAGAGGUUAAAGGUCAAAUCUAGUUUUGUGUAUGUUGACAACGGCAAAGCUUCAAAAUUAAAAACUGAAAGGCA